UGAAAUUUAUUAUUUUAGAAAAUAAACUUCAUAUUAUUUGUACUCAUUGUAAGAAAGCCAUUUUUGCCAAAAAAUUAUAUUUUACCUGAUACACUUGUAAAAUGUUACCUGUCAUUAUAAAUAUUAUCAGUGUAGAAAUAAUAUGACUUAAACUGGGCUUUAAUCUUGUAUUAUGAGCCAACAUAAGGUUAACAUAACUCAUUUCAUUGCAGGAGAAACUGGCUUGGGAAAAUCAACACUGAUGGAUUCACUGUUCAAUACAAACUUUGAAUCAUCACCCAGUCCCCAUACAUUACCUACAGUUAAACUAAAAGCACAUACCUAUGAAUUGCAGGAAAGCAAUGUGAGGUUAAAGUUAACAAUAGUUGACACUGUUGGGUAUGGAGACCAAAUCAACAAGGAAGAUAGUUUCAAGGCAGUUGUUGAUUACAUUGAUGCUCAGUUUGAAAAUUAUCUACAAGAGGAACUGAAAAUCAAAAGAUCACUUUCUGCAUAUCAUGAUUCUAGAGUCCAUGUUUGCCUUUAUUUUAUUUGUCCAACUGGACAUGGCUUGAAGUCUAUUGAUCUUGUAUGCAUGAAGAAGCUAGACCAGAAGGUCAACAUCAUUCCCAUCAUUGCAAAAGCAGACACAAUCUCCAAGACUGAACUGCAGAAAUUCAAGUCCAAGAUUGUAGCAGAGCUACAAAACAAUGGUGUUUCGGUAUAUCAGUUUCCUGUAGAUGAUGAAUCUGUGUCUGAAGUUAAUGCAUCUAUGAAUGCCCACAUUCCAUUUGCUGUCGUUGGCAGCACAGAUUUUGUGAGGGUUGGAAAUAAAACAGUGAGAGCAAGGCAGUAUCCCUGGGGGACUGUACAGGUGGAAAAUGAAUCGCAUUGCGAUUUUGUAAAAUUGAGAGAAAUGCUGAUUCGCACAAACAUGGAGGAUAUGCGGGAAAAGACUCAUUGUAAGCAUUAUGAACUUUACAGGAAAAAACGGUUGGAACAAAUGGGAUUCAGUGAUGUGGAUGCUGACAAUAAACCUGUCAGCUUUCAACAAACAUUUGAGACAAAGAGGUCUAAUCACCUUCAAGAAUUACAACAGAAAGAAGAUGAAAUGAGACAGAUGUUUGUUGUGAGGGUGAAAGAGAAGGAGGCAGAAUUAAAGAAGCUGAAAAAGAGUUACACGCCAAAUUUGAGAAGUUGAAAAAGGACCAUACGGAAGAAAGAAAAAAGAUUGAAGAAGCUCGCAAAAAAUUAGAAGAUGAAAUUGUUGAAUUCAAUAGACGUAAAGCACAGUAUCAACAGAUGGGUCAGAGUCAUCACACAUUGACUUUGGGAAAAAGUAAGAAAAAGUAAUGUAUGCUCUUUGUAUAUUAACACUGCGUGUAUGUGCUUAAUAUUUUUUUAUUUUUACCACUGGACUAAAAAUCUCUGAUUAAGUAAUUAGAAAAAUGCGUAUAACUGACGAAGUUCUAGAUAAAAUGGAAUACAUAGAACAUAACUUAAGUUAAGGAAUCGUGGGUUAUUGAUAAUUCUAUUUUCUGACUACAGAGUCAUGAAGUGAAUAUAUAUAUAUAUAUAUAUUUUGUUGAAGUGCCUCUUUAGUUUUUGUUUGCUGUUUGCUGAUAUCAUCUGUUGUGGAACUGAUGGACUCAAUUUACCAUGUAUGUUUCUUGCAUCUAUUAAAAUUUAGUUUAUGGAAGGCAUGUUAUGUUAGGCAAUGGAGCCACUUGUUUUUAUUCAAAAAUAAUGUUUUGAUUGGCAAUAAAGUGAUGCAGCGUUUUGAGGUGACAUGUGGCAAAUGCUGUUUCAUUAGGAUUUGGGUCUUCAUCAAUCGAUUAAUUGAUCCUUGAUUAAUCAAUUUGCAAUACGUUUUUAUUCCAAGGUUGCUAAAAAUGAAUCACGGACACUAACAAACUCGCCUGACAUUAUUGACUUCUUGUAAAUUUACAAAUAGAGGAUGGAUGCAAAGUGCCAUUUCUUACGUAUCACCAAAACUAACAAUGUCUUUUUUAUAUCUUUAUAAUUGAAUUUUGAUUAAUAUAUUGUUCUUUUACUUUUUUCCUUUCUCGUUAUUUAAAUUUUGUACAUAUAGUUGACUGGGGCGCUUAGUACGUAAAGUCGCUUAACUAACGUUUCCAUUUUUGAGGUGGCGGAUUCAAAAUCAUGUAUCAGAAUAUAUCCAACAAAAUCGCAGCUCGUGGUUAGGAGUUAUAGGAUCAAUCUUUGAAUAACAGCAAUUUGGUAUUCUGAACAUAGUUCCAAAACUAUCCAAUAUAUUAACAAAUAAAAACAAGUAUAUAUCGGUUAUACUCAAUUAUGGUAUGAUGAGGAAGUUGAACUUUGAAAAUGAUCCUGAGCUAUCUGGCAUCACUGUUGGGGCUUGAACUCCCACAUCCCUUGCCUUCUAGAUUGACACUCUAAUCAUUUUAAUAGAAUUUUAUACUUAUAUAUUUAUAUUAUACUCGAAUGCACCAUAGAAUAAAGUUAAUAUCUAAUUCGUCGCCAUUGCAGUCGUUAUCUGAACUACUUACAACAUAGGAAAGAAUAAGCAGCCUAUCUCUCAGACAUUCCCAUAUAAAAUUACUUCUUACGAAAUUUGACCUUGGCGGCGCAAUUAUGGAUUACAAGUCAGGGUUAGAAUAACUAGUCUGCUGAAUAAGGUUCCAUAAUAUAUAUUUUUAAACUAACUCUUGAAACGUAUCAUGUAGUUUGUCAGUGAAGCCGAAUUGUACUAAUAAUAUGAUUUUAUUUAUCAUAAAUCACAAAUUUUAGUGAAAUUAGUGAAAAAGCAAUAAACACAUGUGGUUUCAUUGAGUGGCCAGAUAAUCAUGGAGUUACAUGUUACAUUAAGAGAUGGGUUUUCGGAUUAAAUUACCCUGUCCACAGGAGAAAACCAUGCUACUUUGUUACAAAGGCACUAUUUUAGUAAUUUAACUACGAUUAUGGCAUUUGUAUUAGAAACAAGGCGACGGCCGAUGGCGUCACUACCUCUUUGUCGUUUUGAUGGAUUGUAAUCCAGAAUCACAGCAUGCGCGACCACAUGCAUAGACGGUUCCCACCAACUCGAAAUAUUUUGCUGAUUGUUUCCUAUGUUGUGACUUAUACUCUCAGCCUCAUAGCUGAUUUCAAGGCAUUAAUGAUUAUUUAAUCAGAGAUUAUGACUCAUUAACAUUUCCAUUUUCAAAGCUAUUGGUGUCUAGUGCA